UCGAGCAGUAGUCAGCGUCUCCCGCGGCACCACUGCUGCCAAAUACCACUGACCAGCUAAUGUAGUUCAGGUAAUUCUCGCAGUCUUGACGUCCGGCCUACUGUUAUAGCUAUAGUAGGAGCACAUUCACUGUCGGCAUCUCCCGUCAGUGUUAGAGAGCUCUGGCCGACACCUGCAGGCGGUGCCCAGUUGAUCAAAUUUUGGCGUUAGAGAAUCUAUUGAGUGCUGAAAAUGUAUAGCACAUAACAGCAAUAGGACAUACCCCACAAUAUUCAGUAAGUACUUAGCACAAAGGCCUCAGUCGUCAGUGUGUCGAUAGCGUGUUCGGCGAUGUUGAGGAGUCCUCGGUUACAAACCCUGUGUGUAGUGGUUCUCCUCCUCCCUCUGCCUCUCCUCUACCUCCUCCACGUGGAGACGUCUCGUCACUACAGAAACACCCACGAGUCUCAGGCUAUAGCCGUGCUGGAUGCCCAGCUGUACAGAUCUGAGCCCAGCUCUCUGCCUCCUGCAGCUGUCAGAAGAGUCCUAGUCAGAGAUACCAGGAAGGUUCACGGCACCAGCCACUCAGAUAACUCUGUGUUUCUAGCCAGGAGAAAGUGCAAGAGUAGAAUCUGUCGCGAGUUUCUCACCAAAGCGGACAUGGGCUACUUUGGUUAUUGCUGGAGAAAGACAGGGAUGAAGAGGGAGGUUCAACGCUCUCAGUGCAAGUUUCUCAACUCCACUUCUCGUGCUCCAGUGGCUCUGUCUAGUUUCCCAGGCUCUGGGAAUACAUGGGUCAGAGGACUCCUACAGCAAGUCACUGGGGUGUGUACUGGCGGUAUCUACUGCGAUACAAAACUUAGAGUCAGUGGGUAUCCUGGGGAGUCACUCAGAAGUGGGAGGACCCUGGUUGUUAAGACUCAUCAAGUCGAUCCGAGAUGGACAGGGGUGGUGUACCCUCCCAAUACCACUGAUAGCUACUUCUCUAAAGAGUCAGACAUCCCUGUGUAUGGAUCUGCAAUAUUGCUGGUGAGAAAUCCGUUCCAUGCACUGGUGUCUGAAUGGAAUAGACUAAUGAGCAUCAAUAUGAGUCUCAGGGACCACCACAUCAACAGUAUGGACUCCAAGUUCUUUGGUCAGAAUGCAGAGUGGGAAGAGUUUGUCUUCACUAAUGCUGUCAUAUGGCAGGAGACGCUGGUAGGCUGGCUGGUCAAUAACCACAACCACAGAGUCCUAGUCGUCAGAUACGAAGACCUAGUCACUAACACUGACUCUGAGGUAAUGAUGAUGCUGGAUUUCCUCGGCUAUCCUUACUCACUGUCAACCAUCUCCAAAAGACUAAAGGACUACAACGAGUUCCGUAGAAGAAAGGCUAGCACGACCGAAUUUGACCAUUUCACUGCCAGUCAGGUGGAGUUUGUCGAGACAGUCAUUGAAAACACACAGCGAAUUCUGCGAUCUCACAGACUGCUAGAUACUGACAUCACACAUUAUCUUCAUACUGCCACAUAAUUGGAAUUUACGUGUCUUUUUUGUCACCACUUACAUGAACAGCACAAAGCAAAAGCACACAAUCGUACACAUAAUUGAGGGGUGGGGAAUAUUGUGAGUGUGUAUCCUGUCAGUGUCGGCUUUUCUUUGUCUUCUUGUGGGGGCUGCGGCUUCGACUCCUCCGCUUGCUCUUCUUGGAGGAGCGGUGGUGGUGAUGUCGCAACGAGGAGGAGGAGGAGGGAGAGCGGUGACGAUGGGAGUGCGGGGAUUGAGAGCGGUGCCUCUUUGGACUGUGGGACCUGUGGACACAAUACAGACCGUUUUGUUGGUGACCGGGAGCGAGAUCGUUGUCGUGGAGAUCUAGACCUCUUCCUAGGGGACCUUGAUCGAGACCGUUUCCUUGGUGACCGAGAGCGGGAUCGUUGUCGUGGAGACCGAGACCUCUUUCUUGGAGAUCGGGAGCGAGAUUUUUUCCUCCUCACUGGUGACCUAGACUUUGACCUCCGACCAGUGGGAGAGCGGGG